AUGGCUACCAGUCGACGAAGGCUUCAGCCUAAUUCAAACCUUGUCCAAAAGUGCUUCGAAGAAGAUGGAUUUUCUCAAACUUUCAAGAAUUUGUUAUCUUCUCUACCAAAAGCAAAAGGUUGGCUCAGUCCUCAUUUGUACAAUUAUGAGGGUUUUUGGCUGACAGCCUUGCACUUACAAGGCACUCUUUUCUUUCAACACAACUUUCAAUCUCAAGAAUCUGAUAUUCUCCUUGUUACAAGUCCUAAAUCUGGCACCAUUUGGUUGAAGGCUAUGGUUUUCACUUUAAUCAAUAGAAUGCAAUACCCUGUCCUUUCCCAAGAACACCCUCUACUCACUAGUAAUCCUCAUGAUUUAGUUCCAUUCUUGGAAUUGGAAUAUGCACAGGAAAAGUAUCCCAUUCCACAAAAAGAUUCUUCUUUAACCUCACCAAGGCUCUAUUCUACUCAUUUACCAUAUGUUUCUUUGCCGGAAUCAGUCAAGAAUACAAAGAGCAAAAUAAUCUAUAUGUGUAGGAACCCAAGGGACAUUUUUGUAUCACUAUGGCAUUACAUUAGUAAGCUCAGGAGUCAAGAAUCAGAAAUGAUACCGUUCGACGAAGCUUUCCACAUGUUCAGUAAUGGAUUUACUAUGGCAGGGCCUUUUUGGGACCACGUUUUGAGUUAUUGGGAAAAAAGCUGUGAAAUGCCUCAGAAGGUGUUGUUUUUGAAGUAUGAGGAAGUGAAAGAGCAACCUCUUUCACAUUUAAGACGUUUGGCUGAGUUCUUGGACUGUCCAUUUUCUUUAGAGGAAGAAGAAAGGGGCUUGGUGGAUGAAAUUAUAAAGCUGUGUAGCUUUGACAAUUUGAGCAACUUGGAGGUGAACAAGAGUGGUAAGACAUUGUUUGGCAAUGAUAAUGGAGUUUUCUUUAGAAAAGGUGAAGCGGGAGAUUGGAAGAACCAUUUGACUGAUGAAAUGGUUCAUAGGCUUAAUCAAAUCACAGAAGACAAAUUCAAGGGUUCGGGCUUGAAGUUAUAGAUGCUCUUUAAUUUCUCGAAGAACAUGCAAUCUUGAAAUAAGCUUGUAGCAUAUCUACUACAACAAAUAGAGGUGGUCUACUCUAAAAAUUUAUUUAUACUGUCUAUGCAUAUAAGUUAAACUAGUUUCUCGGCAGGUGUGUUGCAUGUGGAUACCAAGUCAUAUAUAGUCAGGAUGAUUGAAUAAUUUGACAUUGGAUUGUGCACGUUUUUGUGACAUAAUAUCGAUAUUAUUUUUUAGAAAAAAUUAAACAUGAAACAAUAAAGUAUAUAAACUUGUAAAUGAUCGAUGUGGAUUGUCAUACGGUGACUUGUUCGUCGAGACAAAGAUGUUGAAUAUCGUGCAAAGAUGAACAAUCAAAGUUUAAUUAGAUGCACGUGACUUUUUUUUUUUUUAACUUAUUAUGAUUUUAUGAGGCACAAGAAGUGUGUAUCUCAUCUUUAUACUUUAUAUAUAUGGCAUGUGUUCCUAAUCAUGAAAUCGAUUGCUCUAUCAUGACCAAGACUUUUUUUGUCAAUAGUGAUAUAGUAUAUCUUUUUGAAAGGAGAAAAUACAUAAUUUCACUCCUAAACUUGGCCUGCACAACUCAUUUUAGCAACUAAACUUAACUUGUAAUUAUA